CAGGAGCGGUUGCUUGGGUGCCUAGAGCCGGCUCUUGAUCAUGCCUUUGAUGUGGACGCCGUCUGUCGUUCGUUUAAUUGGCUUCCUCUCCCCCGAAUUUCUUGCACUUCGACUUUUCUAACUCAAGAUGUAUUGAAUUCAAACACUUUUGAAUCUUCUGGCUCCGGAACAGGUUGCUGUGGCUUGCCUGGUUGGAUGGAGGACCUUCAUCUUAAUAAUGAACAAUUGUGUUGUACUUGUCAACAGCCCGCGCCUAAGCACAUGCAAACUCCUGAGGAGGAAAAUAGGUAA